AUGGGCGAUUACAAUUAAAACAGAGAGUAGAAUUAUUAAAGAGAUUAAUUUGGCUAUUAAAAUUAAAAUGGUUAGAACAAUUUUAAUCAAAAUUAUGGAAAUUAUAGGCAAGGAAACAAGCAAAACUACAACAAAAAUUAUAAUAAUAAUAACAAUUAGAGAUUUAAUCAAAAUAGAAAUAAUAAUUAAGGAUAUCAAAACUAACAUAAUAGAAAUUAAGAUGUGUAAUAGAGAUAAUAACAUGGUUAUAAUAACAAUUAAAGAGGAUAUUAGAAAGGAGCAAAUUUCAAUUAGAGACCUCAGCACUAAAAUUUUAGAAAAUAAUAAAAUUUUCACUCAAACAAUUAGUCAGAUCAUGACAAUUUUAAUCCUUUAGCUUAUUUUAAAUAAAAUAUGCUUUAAAAUCCUUGGGAAAGCUAAACAAAUGAUAAUGAACAAGCUAAUAAUAGGGGAUAUCAACAUAAUAAAUAAUAAAAUUAUUACAAUAAUAAAGGUAUUAUGAAUCAAUAGCAUAGGUUCUAGAAUUAGCAGCAAAAUUUUAAGAGAUAAAAUCAACAAGAAGAGCAAGAUAAAAACUCUUUCAACUAAGCAUUUUUAGAUCGCUAAAAAUAAUAGUAUGAAGAUAACUUAAUAAAUAAUUUAGACAUUGAUGAUAUUGAUAAAUUACAUGAAGAAUUGUAAAAAAAGAAAAAGCUUAAUGAUCAUACAGAAUAAUAAGUAUCAUCAAGUUAACAAAAUUAGUAGUAAGUUUAAAACAGUAUUAAUGACUACAGUAAUUCUAACUAAACAAAUAAAGGUUAAUUAGAUGAUGAAGAGACAUGGAAAUGA